AGUUCUGAUCGACAGCUAGCCUGGCCCCUACCCCUCCUCUUUCCUCUCUCUCUUUUUCUGUCUCUCUCUCUGUAUAUAUCUCUCCUAGGCCAGUUGACAGGCAACGUCUGGGGGUGUUGGAGGCUCACAGUUAGCCAGGGCGUUAGCCACAGGCACACAGCUGCUCCGCUGCCCAUCAAUUCUACUGUAUAUCUGUAACCGGGGGCUUCUUCUCUUCUCCCCCUCCCUACACCUCCUGCUUUCAUUUCAGGCUCCUUGGAGAUAGAGGAAUGCAAAUCUGCAACCAUGAUGGAAGGACUGAAAAAACGUACCAGGAAGGCCUUCGGGAUACGGAAGAAAGAGAAGGACAAUGACUCCACGGGGUCUCCAGACAGAGACGGGGGUUCUCAGAAGAAGACAAACGGGGCCCCUAAUGGCUUCUACGGAGAUAUUGACUGGGACAGAUAUAACUCUCCUGAAGUGGAUGAUGAGGGCUACAGCAUCAGACCUGAAGAGGAGUCAGAGGAGGGAGUAGUUACCACCAAAAAGACCCACUUCUUCUCCUCUGAUGAGUCGGAAGAAGAGGAGGACCAAAGGAAGAAGUUCAAGAUCAAGAUCAAGCCGCUGCCAGCUGACCGUGUCGUGGCGGUGCCCUCAGUUGAUGAGCUCAAAGCCUCCAUAGGCAACAUAGCUCUGUCCCCGUCUCCUAUGAGACGUAGCCCGGGUUUGAAAAGGAACACAUCCAGUGAAGAGAUUGCCAGACCGAGACGUGUUGUCCCUACUGUACCCACUGUGGCCCCCACACCAGCUCCAGCACCACAACCUCCCAGCAGUCAACAAACGCCAGUCUCCGAAGACACCACAGCCUUAUUUGGGCCUCCUUUGGACACAAACUUCGGAGAACAGAAAACUGAAGUGGGUCUAUCUGAGUCUGAUGUGUGGGGGACUCCUCUGUCAGAGCCUGAAUCCUCUUUGACAAGAUCCUUCCCCACAGGAACUCCACCUCCACUCCCACCCAAGAAUGUCCCAACUUCUCCCCUGACGACUGACCCUCCCUCUGCAGAUGAUGCUGAAGUGUCAACAGAAGCCGACAGCUCAACCAGGAAGCCCUCGAUAGCUGACUUGGACAACAUUUUUGGCCCGGAGCAGGCUCCCCCUCCUGGCGAGGAUACAGGUGACACGUGGGUGUGCUUCAGUGAAGAAUCUUCUGACCGGCCGCCUCUACCAACGGACCCUGCACCUCCUCUCCCCACCUCCCCACCUCCGCCAGAGGAACCAGCUCCUCCGUUACCAGCCUCCCCACCCCCACCUGAGUCUCCAGCCCCACCCUUACCUACAUCCCCACUUCCUCCAGAAGACCCAGCACCGCCUCUCCCUACAUCCCCUCCCCCAAAAGAAGAUCCUGCCCCCCCUCUACCAACCUCCCCGCCUCCCUCAGAGGAGCCUGCUGCACCUCCUGUCCGUUCAGGUCCUUCCACACCCGAAGACAGAAAUCCUCUCGCCACUUCUCCACCCCCUGCACCAAAGGAGCUUGCAUCACCUCCCGCUUCCUCCUCUCCUCCUAUUGACUCACCUACCAGUGUCCCACCAGCCUCUGCCCCUAAUGCAGGCACCCCUCCAGCAGUCAGUCCUCCUACUGAGGAACCGGCAGCUCGCUCCGUCCCUCCACCCCUUGUCCUCUCUGAAGAGGAGCUGCCCAAGAACACAGACACCACCCAGCCCAAAGAGGACGGAGGUGAAACUGUCACCUCACCCAAAGAUACUAGCCAGGGGAGUCGGAGUACGCCUCCCCCACCUCCUCCUCCCACAUACCGUGCAGUGGUUUCAUCACCAGGUCCCACAUCAGGGGCUGGUGGCUCGAACAGCGGCUCCUCCUCACCUGUACGACCUGCUACACCUUCGUCAGUCAACCCCACCCCGCCUCCACCUCCACCUCGUCCCCCUUCACGACCCAAACUUCCUCCAGGGAAACCCACUGUAGGGGAUGUGAGUCGCCCGUUCAGCCCGCCGAUCCACUCAGCAAGCCCUCCUCCCAUCGCCCCGUUGGCGCGGGCCGAGAGCACCUCCUCCAUCUCCUCCACCAACUCCCUGAGUGCCGCCACCACCCCAACUGUCACCAAGGAGCUCUCCGUGUCUGUGUCAGAGAAUGACCAGCCAUCCCUUGUAUGGUUUGACAGAGGGAAGUUUUAUUUAACCUUUGAAGGCUGCUCCCGAGGGCCCAGUCCUCUCACUAUGGGAGCUCAGGACACGCUUCCUGUCGCCGCUGCUUUCACAGAGACGGUCAACGCCUUCUUUAAAGGAGCCGACCCCAACAAGUGUGUUGUGAAGGUCAUAGGUGAGAUGGUUUUGUCGUUUCCGGCGGGCAUCACUCGGCACUUUGCCAAUAACCCGUCCCCUGCCGUCCUAACCUUCAGCAUAACCAACUACAGCCGACUGGAGCAUGUGCUGCCUAACCCCCAGCUCCUCUGCUGUGACACCACCACACAACCCAAGGCCGAUGCCAAGGACUUCUGGGUGAACAUGCCAAACCUGAUAUCCCAUUUAAAGAAGGUGGCAGAGCAAAAGCCACAAGCGACGUACUACAAUGUGGACAUGCUCAAGUAUCAGGUAUCUGUGCAGGGCUCCCAGUCGACUCCUCUGAACCUGGCGGUGAGCUGGAGGUGUGAGCCCACCAGCACUGACCUGAGGAUAGACUACAAAUACAACGGGGAGGCCAUGUCGACGGCGAUGGCUCUGAACAACGUGCAGUUCCUCGUCCCUGUCGAUGGAGGAGUUUCAAAACUACAGGCUGUUUUACCUCCUGCUGCAUGGAAUGCAGAGCAGCAAAGAAUCCUUUGGAAGAUCCCUGAUAUCUCACAGAAAUCUGAAAAUGGAGGUGUGGGGUCGUUGUUAGCGCGCUUCCAGCUAACAGAAGGUCCCAGUAAACCAGCUCCACUGGCGGUGCAGUUCACCAGUGAGGGCAGCACCCUGUCAGGCUGUGACAUCGAACUAGCUGGACCCGGGUACCGCUUCUCUCUCGUCAAGAAGAGGUUUGCCGCAGGAAAAUACCUGGCCGACAACUGACCCCUGCUACUGAGCGCAGCGCUCUUGAACAAAUCGACUGCAAUGGACUGAGGUCGACACCGAGGACAGAGGACAGACCGACACCAGACAGGAUCUCCAUUAACCUUUUCUGAACCCACACGACAGGUCCGCAGCCUACCCAGCAGUAUUGUAUAACCUGCAUAUAGCAUUGUGGAACUGUUUUAGGUCAUGUAAUUAUCGUAUUUGUAUUCAUUUCAUAACAUCUGUAUUGCUGCAGUUAGACACCUGGGUUCUUCUCUCCUCUAAAGUCUGUGCCUCUGUCUCCAUCCUCCUCUGUGUGGUGGUGUUUUUAAAAGUUUCACUGCAGCUGCCUGACCCGAGCCAUGGACGGAAAGAGCACCGGGCAGGUUUUAACUCUGGAUGACUCGUGGUAUAUUGUCCUCGGUCUGGAAAAUUUGGGCCAUAGAACUAUCCUGGAAUAAGAUCUUUGUGGUCAGACAUGCACUUCAGCCUCAUUUAAAGUUAGAUCAUGUAGAGCUGAAGCAGGGCCCAUGACAACACAUAGUAAGUUUAUUAGCACAUAAGACAUCACUGAUCUGUAAGUACUCCUUCUGUCAAGGUCCGGGCUCGAAGCCUGAGACAGCUGUGCUUACUGUUUUGCACUGACGGCGGCCAUCUGUGUGACAAGCAACCACUUUAGCCGACACGCAAACUGUUGUCGCAAAGUGUUAAAUCAAAGUCGGUGUUUCUUGUUGGUGCUGAUCACAUGAAACACAGAAUCGAGUAGCGACACAUAACUAGAUUUUCCAAGCGUCACCUACUGGUACUACAGGGUCACAUGACUUUGGAUCGCAUCCUUUUUAUUACUAUAACUGCACCGAUUAGCCAAUCAAUUUUAUUUCUCUACACACAUACACGGCGAGAGGUUUUCAGCAUGUUAGGCAGCUGCAAUGACAAGUCAGUUCACUGGUUGCAAAAUAAGAAAAUACGUUUUCCCGUCAGAACAAAAGAAGUGUACAAAGUGUCAUUUUAAAUCAAUAAUAUGUAUCUUAAAGGGCGUUUGGUGUUUUCCUCGUAUCGUCAGAUAGCCUUUCUGUUGUUCCCAGGACAGCAGUGUUAGACUCCAGAGUACAUGACAGCAUUCUAUUUUUAUUUAUUGAUGACAAUGAUUUGUUGUAUAAAACAUGUGAUUCUGUAUAUGAAUAGAAUUUGAAUGGUAUCACACAACUCAGAACCCUUAAAGGUAUAAAUAUUUGAAUUCUCUCUCAUUUUUGUUAUCUGUGUAGUUGGGUAACCUGUGUACAGUAUAAGGUAUAAUUUUUGAAUUUAUUUCAGAUAUAAUUUUUUAACUCAAGUGCAACAGAAGAAUUGAGCUAUAUAUGGGUGGGGAGGGGGGGAAGGGGGUAAUUUAAUGAAAAAGAUAAAUAUCUUCCUGGAUGCUGUGUUAUGCUUUGUGAAAGCAGUGUUAAUGUAGUUAGCUAAACCAUGGGCAAGGAUCACUUAAAAGAAUUAGUUUGACAUUUUGGAAGAUGCUCUAGAUGUCUCUCUGAUAUCUGACGGUUAGCUUAGCAUGAACACUGGAAACUGUUAGCCUGGCUGUGAUUGACACUUUCCAGCGCCUCUGAAAAAAUCUCUGAUUCAUACGUCGUGUUUGUUUGGUCUGUACAAGUAUCUGGCUGUAUGGAUUCCAGACUAUAACAUAUGUAUUUAGAAUUUUUGUAUGGAUUGCCAUGAAGUGUUGUACAAACAUUCAUGUCCCUGUGAUGAUGAAAUGCAGCCACUAUGGUCAUUUUCUCUAGCGCCACCAGCAGGUCAACAUUUCAAUUUGUCCAUCGCUUUGGUUUAACAGCCGCUUUUAAAACUGACAAACUUCCCAUGAACCACACGUGUUUAGUGCUGAGUAGCUAAUUUAGCACGCUAACAUGCUAAACAUUAGCAUCAUUAUGAUGUUAGGACACCGUCGUCGUUAGCAUGUGCCUCUAAGGGGCGCUAGCAGCUAACUGUUGACUCUUCAUCCUUGUUUACUUUUGGACAGAGCCAGAGUAGCUCUUUCCCUCUGAUUCCAGUCUUUAUGCUAUGCUAUGCUAAGCUAGCUGGCUGCUGGCUUAGCCUCAUAUUUAACAGUGAUUUUUUUUUUUUUUAAAUAAGACUGAUUCUUGACAAGAAAAUGAAUGUGUGUUUUCCACAAUGUCAAACUAGUCCUUUAAAUACGACAGUUACAUCAACAAUCAGUUUCUCUCAGUGAUGAAGAAGUGUGGUGACCACGGUACCCUUACUGGAACAGGAUUUGUUUACUGGGACCAGCUUGUUUCUUUAAUUCAAACCUCAUUGUGACAAAACAAAAAGGAAACAUUGAUCCAGCACUGUCAGUUCCUUCAUCUCUACCUUCAGCUGCUCCUCAGCUUUGACUGUGGGUCACCAGUUAAGCUUCCUACCUGCUUCCAUUCACCUCACUGGUACCUGAACUCCCUGAUUAUAUCAUGAGCACAUCCCCAUCAUCCAGCCAGCGCUUGAAUCCAUGGCUUUAUUUUGCAUAAUCGUAAUGGUCUCUGUGAGAUGACAUGAUUUGAAUGAGGUUGUGGAGCAAGGUUAAGUUGACCAAAAUGCUUUUUUUUUUUUUGUAUUUUAUGUGUGUGUACCCCGACAGUCAGUCCUCUGUUAAGGAGAAUAAGCUGAAUAUUUUUAAAAUGGAUAAAAAUGAAAAAAUAUAUUGUUUAAUGUGAAAAAACACUGUGCUGAUGAUGUUGAACUUCCUGAAUGCUCUGACACUCAACAUGAAGAACAAAAAGUGCGUGUGAAGUGUAGCCGAAAAUCUCUGUACUGUACUGUAUGUCGGCACUCUGCUAAAUGUAACCAAUCAUAGUCCUUUCAGAUGUGUAGUACGAGCAUCUUAGGCUGAAGUUAGUGCAAAAAGACACUUAAUCUCACUACAGUACUCCUAUUCAGUGAUGUAGUACUUUUAAUUGGACUUAGUUUUUAAGUAUUGUUCUUUGAAGUCUGGGCUGUGCAGUUAAAAUGAAAAUCUUGACCUGAUUCUUAAUUUUCUCGUACAGAGCCAGACUGAGAGGAACACUGAAGCUGCGUUUUGUUGAAAUGACGCCGUGAUGGAUGAUUGGUGCCAUUUAGCUCCUGGUGAUACAUUUGUUUGGUAACAUUUUCCUUCAGUCUUGUCGGUCGUUCGUCCAGCUGACUGAUUGACUCAACAUGGCUGACAGGACUUUGUUACCUUCUGGGUGACUCUUGAAGCUACCGGUGCAACAGUCACUACAGCAUUAUCUACAGAGGCCCACCGUACACAUCCCCCCAACCGUUUUAAAUUACCACUACACAACGGGUUGCUCGUCUUUCAACAUGAAAGGCAAAACAACACUCUUUCAUUGUUAGUUGCUAAAAUAUUGUUUUCAUCUUUCAAUAAAAAAAAACAUGGAUCAAAACUUGUAUUUUCCAGAUUUUCAUCUCUGUGGUGAAUUUGUCCUUCAGUAACUCCUUAUUGCAUGCAGCGCAUGCAGUACAAGGUGGGGCAUCUACGAUGAUAGAUAGUACUGAAAUGACGUGUUGUGCUGAGUGUCACUUGUGUUAAUGUUGAGAAGAGAGCAGGGAGUAUGUUUAUGUGUGCUAUAAGUCAGAAUGCUUUUUGGUUCUGUACCGUUAACCUCAAACACAUGUGCAAGCUGUUUGUACAGUACAUAACAAUGCUAAGAUGAACUGAGAAACUUAGUUUGCUUCUUUCCAAAACCAAUAAAAGUUAUAACUGGA